CGAUAGUCAGGUAGAGCAGUUGAGUGUUGUACUCUAGGACUAUUUGGUGCUUUAAAUAGCAUCGGUGAUAGAUUACUUAAUAACUAAGAAAUCCGAAAACUUCUUUCAUUUAAGUGUAGACCCAAGCACAUAAACCAUGUAUUUUAAGGUCGCAGAUAUGGAAGAAAUAAAUACUAUCGUUACCCUAUUGUCAAACCUAUAUUUUUCUAAACUUUGGCAUCAUAUACCAUAUAUCAAAGUGUCUGAGACAUUUAAUAGGAAAGGAUUAUAUCUGAAUUUAUUUAAAAGAAAAUAACUACUGUUACUAGGAGGUCGAGAUUAGCAACGUGUCUGUUCUUGCAAGUACCUUCCGUAUACUGUAACUUUCAUGUUUUCAUAGGGUAGAAUGAGCUCUAGAAAACCACUUAAGGGAUUCGUUAUAUGUUGUACUAACAUUGAAUUAAAUAAACGCACGGAGAUCUCAACUAAAGCAAUUAAGCUUGGAGCCACAUAUAAAUCAGAUUUGACGAAAGAUGUUACUCAUUUAGUUGCGGGUGAUUUCGAUACCCCCAAGUAUAAGUUUGCUGCGAAAUCCAGACCAGAUAUGAAAAUUGUUUCACAUGAAUGGAUACCAAGACUUUAUGAUCGUUGGGUUGAAGGUGAAGACUUGGAGUCUGAUUUGCUUAUCAGCAAAUUUACUUUGCCCGCUCUCUUCAAAUGUCGAGUAUGCCUUACAAAUAUAGAGCAACCAGAUAGAUCUCAACUUGAAACUACUAUAUGCGAAAAUGGAGGUAUAUUCUGUCCUGAUUUAACUCGCGACGUUACCCAUUUGAUUGCUGGGAAUACCGAUGGUCGAAAAUAUGAGUAUGCUCUUCGAUGGAAAAUCAAAGUUGUCCGUGUCCAAUGGUUAUGGGAAUGUAUAGAAAGGGGUGCCGUAUUAGAAUCAGAAUACUUUAAAAUGGAUAUGCCGCCGGAUCGUAUCGGACGCGGUGCUUAUAUCAAACAGAUUCCCGAGGAGAAAAUAAAAAAUCAACAGGUUCGUAAUGAAGACUUAUUAUCUGACUUAAGUUUCAUCAAUAAAAAGCACAUUCCCGAUGAAGGAGAGCUUGAACCAGUUGUUAUGAAACGAGGGAAGAAAAGAGAGAGUAGUAUUCUUUGGAGUGAAUUAAAUACAAAGGAUUUGGAAAAUUCAUUUGCUGCCCAAAAUGCUUCUCUACUAGACGAGUUCACCCCAGAAGUGUUUCAAGCUCCCGAGGAGAAAGAAGUUUCUACAAACAUUGAAAUAAAUACAGAGCCUCGUUUAUUCGAUAAAAUCCACUUCUAUUUGUAUCAAUUUGAAGAGGAUAAAUACAAUCGUUUGAAGAAAUGCUUAACUAGAGAAGGAGGACUUAUAUCUUCGACAACUGAAGAUACAACCAGCUUCGUUAUCGUCCCUCAUCACCUACCAAUUGAAGAAAUUCCUUCUUUUUCAGUACUGAUCAUCACUGAAUGGUGGGUUGAAAGGUGUUUAUUUUUUAAAAACGUUCUACCAGUCGAUGAGCAUGUAUUAUCAAAACCGUUUUAUCGUUCUUAUUUCAAUCGAAAUUUUGCUGGUUUAAGUUUUCAUCUUUCAGGAUUCAAAGGUGUGGAUAGCUCUCACAUUAAAAAAGCAUUGAUCCUUUGUGGAGCAACUGUGGAUAACUUCUUGGGCGUACAAAGAAGCGUACUACUAGUAAAUACAAAUGAACCCUUUAGUAUGAAAACAAGGUAUAAAAUACAACAUGCAACUGGUUGGAAUGUUCGUGUAUUAGGAAUAUCAUGGCUGUGGCACAUAUUUCAAACUGGAGAGUUUAUUGAAAACAUAUCCCCAUGGGCAAUUGAUAAAAAGGAAAAUCAGAAACUUAAAAGAUUUGAGCAUUUACAAAAGAUUGCGCUUCCGAAUGAAAAUUCCAUACUUAAAGAUGAUGCGCCGUUUACUAUUUUUCCAAAUGCUCAAUCUACCCCUGCACCAAACUUUAUUUUCGAGCACUACAAGAAUGCAGCGAAAGCUCAACGAAGGUCCAAAACGACUUUUGAUGAUGGAGGUUCAAACUUAAACGAAUCUCCAUCCAAACGGUUACGAUCAAUAACAGAACCGACCGCUGGUUCCAACGCUCGUUUGAUGACCUGUCAAAGUGAAGAAGACGCACAAAGUAAGCCAGAACAAGAAAGUGUAUCCUACAUUGAUCCUGAUGCACAAAGAGAAAAACAAAAAAUAUAUGCCCAACUGACUUCGACUUCUAAUGAUUCUUUUCCAUUGCUUAAUGAGUUUUCUUCUCAGGACAACACCUCUAUCCUAAUAACUAAGGAAAAACGUAAUUUACGACCGAGGUAAUAGCUGGUCACUAAUUUAUUAUACAUUGUUUUUUAUUAUUACUUUCCAAUUUCCAGUUUUUAGCCCAAAAAGUUAAUUUAUUCAAAACCCUUAUAAUUAGUUCAUUCCAAAUAACUCC